AUGAAUGACAUAAUUACACGAGCCAAGGCGGCAGUUCUCGGUCUGCGAGUACCGUCACCGGUAGUACCUGUGGCUCAACAGCAUGUAGUUCAGCAAGAGCAGAUUCCCAGCUGGGAUGAAUCAAUGCAGCUACAGCAGCAGUAUGUGCCUUCAGUGAUUGCUGAACAACAAACUAAGCCAUCCUCUUUUGCACCUGAUCCAGCUGAGUUCAACAAACCUCUGUACAUGCGCGGUCCACCACAGCAACAACCACUGCAACACCAUCAGCAUAUAUCGCAGCCAUCUCAUACUCCAGUUGAACAUCCUCAGAAUUGUGACUACAUCAUGAAACAGCAAGGUUACUCUUCAGAAAUAGAAAGCUACCCAGGAGCACAUCGUAUGUCUUCGAUAAUGCAAAUGAAAGAUGAAUUUCCCCGUAGUAAGAAGUUUCCGUCAGAAACCAAAAUGUACCAACAUGAUAUGUCGUCGUCGUAUAGACAGGAGGACUAUGCAGAUCAGUCCGGGCCACGUCCAUAUGAUACAGUGCCAAGAUUUUUUGGUGGACCACCGCCUCGAAAUUCAUCCGCAAACGUAAACCGUUCAACCGCGACUGGUAUGACAAUGCCGCAUCGUGUAAUGCCACCUCAACAGCAUCUAGCAGAUGAAAAGCGUGCAACUGUGCCAGUAAAGGAUGGUAGCCAGUUACCGCCACAUUUGAGACCACCGUAUGGAAUACCUCCUACACAACUUCGUGGGACAUCACAGUUGUCAACACCGCCGACCAGGUCUACCGAGAUUUCCGAGACUUCGACUUAUAAUUCCACGAAUCAUCAAGAGAAGUAUAACGGUCCAGUUCCAUUGCAGAAGGAAGAUAUUAGAAAAUCGCCAGGAGGUCCUCACGCGUUAAUUCCUCCGUCGGACAGUCGAAAUCGCCCAAAUGGUGGGCAUACUGUCCCACCUGGGCAACGUAAUCGGCAACAAUCAUCGUCUACACACCCGUUCUCUUCUGGAGUUAACUCAUGGAGAGGUGACAACCGCCCACCACCAUCCUCAAAUGGAUCGUCUUCUUGGGAUGCAAAUGUGCAAAAGAAUGAUUGGCGCAACAAUUCCAGUUCUGCGCCACCGCACCGCAAACCUCUAAUAAGUCAACCUCCUAUGCAAAGCUUCAGUAAAGAAUCUCAGAAACCAGGUGCUUCACCCAGUGAGUCGGUGCCAAGUCGCCCAUUGAUACCACCAAGACUUCCAAUAGGGCCUUCCGCCAAUGAAUCAUCUAUAACUAGGACGCCUCUCUUAGGACCUAACUUCGGAGCAGGACCUAAUGUUCCUAGUGGUCCAAGGUAUGUAGAGCUUAGCCGUCUUCCAACAGAAAUGCUGCGUCCUGCCGUCUUAGAGCAGUUCCUCAAACCAUCAAUCCCCUUGCAAAUCUCAUCUGUAAAAGUUGUCUACAGCAGUCAAGGUAUUCAUAUGCAUACUUUGGUGCGCUUCGAGAAUGCUUCUGACGCCGAAUCUGUACUAAAGAGGGAUGGAGAGUUAGGAAUCCGUGUUCGACCAUCGACGAAAGUUGAUUUUGAACAGGCAGUAGAUGGCCCUCCAUCUGGCGUAAUUGUGACCUCUGAAGCUGUAGAUAAUGGUGACCGUAAACGAGACUCGGAACCCUCACGACGUCGUUCACGCUCGCGCAGCCGGGAACGGCGCCGCGCUAAACGCGAUUCCCCUCCUCGUAAGCGACAAAGAUCACAGUCACGAAGCCGUGAACGACGCAGCGUAAGAGGUUCGCGAAGUCACUCAUUGAAGCGAUCUCGUCAGACGACCAGCUCGACACGAUGGUGCCUGCAGUUAACGAAUGUCCCUUUCCGGUGCACAGAAGCAGAAAUAAUUGACUGGCUGUCCGAAAGAGUACGACCAUCAAAGGUGACUCGUACGUUCUACGCGGACGGAAAUGCAUCUGAUCGUUGGAUCGCUGAGUUCGAGAGCGAGUCACUCAUGGAGAGAGCUCAAGGCAUUAAGCGUCUGCUUAUGGGUCGUACUGUGAAGAUCAUCACGUUUCUGGCUAAAUACGGUGGUAUUUACAGGAUGUGUCAUAUUGACAAUGAUCAUGCAGAUGAAUUGAUGAGAAUUGAGGACGUUUACGGUGAACGUCGAAAGGAAGACAAUGAAAAGUUCCAGAUGAUGAACGAAGUGUCUCACUUUAAUUCACCUCCUGCUCGCGGUCCUGCUGGAGGAUCCGUGUUCUUUCCAGCACCGGCACGUGGUGUGGCACCAUUUGGCCGUGGUUCGCAUCACGGAUCUUCUCUGAUGUCUAUAGGAGGUCCUGCAAUACGUGGAAGAGGUAUGGGGCGUGGAUUCUCAUCCUUCCCACAUGAGGGUGGUACCAGAGGACGUGGACGUGGUGCAUUCGGAGGAAGAGGAGGUAUGUAUACUAGGGAAAGCAAGUUCGCAAUGCGAUCUGACCGUGAUGCUAUAGAAAAUGUUGAAAAUCAUAAAUCCGACUUGACUGCACCUAGAAGCCCCGAACCGGAGCCAGUGGCGGCCACAGAUGAUUUCGUAGCUUCACUCGGACCACGGGGAACAGUGCUGUCGUGUUGUGGAUUUCCAUCUAAUGUGACCAUGGAGGACGUUCUCAGUUUCUUCCGUGGUUAUCCGGUUGAUCAUAAUUCAGUACGAAUUCGAAUGGGCGACGACGGCAUACCCACCGGCGAGUGCAUGCUGGCUAUGGCCAAUACUGAAGCUGCAAAAAAAGCUGUGUUGUCGUUGUCGGGGAAUUCUCUUCGAGGCCAAGCUGUGUCUCUUCAGUUAGCCAAUCCUUGA